AUGCUGGCGGCCCCCGCGUCGAGGGCCUGGCGGGCCGGAGGCGCCGGAGUCGUGCGCGUGCCGGACUGCGACCGCCUGCUCACCAUCACCGUGCCCAUCAACGGGCGGAAGGUCGUCUUCACCACCGGCUACCAGCCGACGGGCGCGGCGCCCCGCGCAAUGCGGGACGAGUUCCUGGAGCACUUCCGGGAGCUGCAGGAGGUGAUCCCGUCCUGCUCCCAGCGCAUCAUGGGCGGCGACUGGAACGCCCACGUCGGCGCCGACGCCGCGGGAGAGCCCGGCAUCGGGCCCAAGCUGCUCAGCACGCCCACAGCCAGGCACAGCCGCGCUUUCACGAAGGUGCUGGAGGAUCAUCGUCUUCGACGCGUCGAUUCCCACCUCGCUUGUCGUCAGAGGGCCACGUGGCGAUCGCUAGGCAUCGAGCAAGGCCGGUGGCACGAGAAUGAUUACUUCAUCACCGACGGCCCGGUGUCUGCGAAGCGGUGGAAGCGGCUGCGGACCUUCGCCAUGCCGUUCGGCGACCACUUCGCCAAGUUUGUGUCGUACUGGCCUCCUGGCAAGCCCCAGGGGCGCCGCGAUGUGCGAGAGCUCGUGAACGGCUUCACACUGGAGCCGAGACCAGCCGGGCGCCUCCGCUACGACUUGAUGAGGGGUCCGUCUCCCGAGGCAGCCGCUCUGCGCGCCGAGUUCGGCGAGGCCACGGGCCGCGCCCUCGGGGAGCCCGACAGGCCGGCGUGGGGCGAGCUCGCCGCCGCCAUGCGCACCGCUGCAGAGGAGGUUCUGGGUCGUGCCCCACGGCGUGACGACGUGCCCGUGCUACAGAGGCUGCGACCCACCGAGCAGGCGCACCGCCGAGCACAACAGCGCAGCUGGGAGGCUGUGCGGCGGGCCAUCGGCACCGGCGCCGAGGAGGAGGCUCGGAAGGAGCAUCGCCGCCUCCGCGCCCAGCACCGGAGGGACCCACGGAGCCUCCGGCGCCAGAUCGUGCACGGCGUGGUGACCGACCUUGAGCACGCCGCCUCCUGCCACGACACGGGGGCCUUCUACCGCGGCAUGAAGGACCUCGGCGUGUGGCUCUCCGACAGCAACACGACCGGCCGCGAGGAGUACACUCCCGAGGAGGGCAAGGACCACUUCCUCAAUAUUGGCGGCGACCCCAACCCAGUGCCGGAGGAGGUGCUCGACGACCUCCCGGAGGCUUUCUGGCAGCAGGGGCGCGCGCAUGCAGAGACGUUGGGCCGGCCCCCGCGAGACGCGGAGAUCGAUCGCGCCAUCCGUGGGCUUCGCGACAGCGCCCCGGGGGACGACGAGGUCACGAUCGGCAUGGUCAAGGCGGCCGGAGCGCCUGUGGUUUCGGAGGUCUGCCGCCUCGUCCGCCUCUUCUGGGACACUCCGCACGAGCACUGGGUCGAGGUGCUGGGGCAAGAGCCGCUCCGCGCAGUCGUCAUCCUCUUGUUCAAGAACAAGGGGUCUCGCUCCGACCUCGACAAUUACAGGGGCAUCUGCCUGCUCAGUAUGCUUUCCAGGAUCGUCGCCAAGCUUGCUGCCACCAGGGUGUCCCAGUGGGCCGAAGCCUCGGGCCUUCACGUCCGGGAGCAGUGGGGCAACCGCAAGUACCGCUCCACGCGGGACGCCGUGCUGAUCAUGCGUAUCCUGUUCGAGGGGAGCGCUCGGGCGGGCCAGAUGGUAUCCGACGAUUCUCUUGCCGCUGUCCUGGUGGACGUGAAGAAGGCGUUCCCGAACGUGCCCAGGGCUCUCUGCUGGAGGGUGCUCACUCGCCUGGGCGUGCCGCCGGCCAUGCUCAACGUGCUCCAAGGCGUGCACGAGCAGACGUUCUACGUGGUCAGGACCAGCGCCGGGGACUCCUCCACUUACGAGCUGCGCCGCGGGCUCCGCGAGGGCUGCCCCACCAGCGGUAUCCUCUACACGGUGUUCCAUAACAUCGUGCUGUGGCGGCUGCGCGAGGAGCUGCAGGCGGACCAGCGGGUGAACUUGCAUCACACCCCCGCCCGGCCUCUGCCGCGCGCCACGGAGCAGCCGGACGAGGCCGACCUCGACGCCUUCAUCGUGCACUUGCUGGCUUUCGCCGACGACACUACCGUGCUUACGAGGCAGAAGCACUCUCGCGCUGUCGAGGACAUGGUCAUCAGGAUCAUGGCCAGAUUUGGCGAGACGGUACACCCGGGGAAGACCGAGCGGCUCUGCGCGGCUGCCAAGACGGAGGCGGCCCCUCCUGGCUUUCUCAUGGCGGUGCGGCUGCUGGGGGCGUGGUUCGACACCGACGGCGGCACGGAGCAGGACGACACCAAGCGCAUUCACGCCGCCCGGCUCGCGUGGCGACGCCUGCACAAGCAGCUGCCCAGACUGCGGCUCAGCAGCCGGCUCCGCGGCGCGGUGGUGCAGGCCACGGUCGUGGCCUCCCUGCUGUGCGCCUCCGAAGUUCGCCCAUUCUCCCCUGCGUCAUUGAAGGCCUACCAGGUUUUCCUGAACCGGGUCAUCCGCGGCAUCACCUUUGAUCGACGUCGAGGCGGCACCCGCGCCAUGGAGGGCGCGUGCACCAGUACAGACCUGAGGAUCGAGGCCGGGAUCGACGCCGUCCCGGUGCAGGUGCUGAAACGGCAGCUAGGGUACCUCGGACACCUCGCCCGCUACCCCAACGAUCGCCUCGAGCAGCACAAGCUAGGCCUGUGGCUCGCUCCGCCCCCGGAAGCUCAGGAGGGUGCCGGGUCCCUGGCUUCCCGUUGCCCCACGCUCAGGGACACUUACUGGAAGCGGAUCGUCAGCGUCAUGGGCCUCACAGGCAUGCCAGAGGAGGAAUGGCCCGUGCGCUGGAUGGAGGUCGCACGCGACCGGCGUGAGUGGAAACGCCUCUCCGACACCUUGGUGUGGCACGAGCGCCAGCGGUGUGACGCCGACACUUGGGCCAACAGACACUCUGAGAGCGCCACCGCCUACAGAGCCGAAUUGCAGGGCGCGCAGAGAUGCCCCCGCACCGGCGAGCAACGCUGCCCCCGCUGCGGGGUCUGGUGCGCGAAACUGGGCAAUCAUCUUCGGACCUGCGACGGCACCCCGCCGCCGGCUGGCCGUCUCGCGCCACGUUUUGUCGACGGACAGCAGGACGGCAUGCGGAUCCGCCCAGACCGCCGCAAGGCGCAACAGCAGCAGCCACCCCCGCCGCCCGCUCCUGCGGCGCCCGCCCGCCGGCGCCUCCGGGGCAAGCAGCCGCCUCCCGCGGCGCCGCCUGCUCCGCCGCCGGCCCCUCACGUGGACGACGCCUACGCUGGCGGAGCUGGAGGCCGGGGCGCCUGGGGCGCACGGUGCAAUGCGAUCUCCGCCGUGCCGCAGCUGGUCUCCCCAGGGUCGGACCGGCAGGGGCGGCCGUCCAUGGCUGCAACUGGCGGGGGAGCCGGGGCCGCGGACGGGCUCGCAGCUGCGCGCGCGGCCGUGGCGGCGCGCCGCCAGCGGGCCGGGGGCGCGGAGCAGGUUCGCGGGGAGGUGCCGGCGCGCCGGCGCGUGCAGCCCCGCGGCUUGCCGCGGGAGGCGCCCGCGCCGGCCGCGGCCGCGGCGGCAGGAGAUGCCGCCAUGCCGCAGGCCGCCGGGCAGCUGGCCCUGCCAGACCCCGCUGCGCCCGCCCCCGCCGGGCGGCUGGCCCUGCCGGCCCCCGCUGCGCCCCGGGCGGCUGCUGCCGCUGCUGGCGCUGCUGGCGGCGCUCCCGCUGCUGCCCCCGCCCCCGCUGCCCCCGGCGGCGGCGCGGCCCGGCCAGCCGGCAAGGGCGGCGCCAAGGGCGGCCGCAGGCGAGGAGGCGGCGGCGGCGGCCAGGGCGCAGGCGGCGGCAAGGGCAAGGGGCACGGCGGCAAGGGGCGAGGCGCCGGCCGCGGCCGCGGGCUCCCCGGCCCCAUGGAGGAGGUCGUGGAAGCGCUGGUCGCCCUCGGCAUCAGCCACGAGCGGGAGCUCAACAUGCACACCGACCGCGUCGGCGCCUUGGUGGUGCUCAAGGACGAGGAGCUCAUCGACGAGGUGUGGGAGCUGCGGAGCGCCUGGCGCCAGGCCGACAAGGACCGCAAGGAGCAGCAGCCAGCCGACGGCCCCUUGCCCCCGCAUCCCAUGGGCAGCCAGCGCAGCAUGCUCUUCAAGGCGAUAUGCGAGUGGACGGCGGGCAAGCUGCAGGAGGCCGACCCGGGCAAGCAGGCUGCCACCGACCUCGCCGCGACGCCGGCUGCAGAGGUCGACGCGUCCCUCUUCCGCUUCAAGCCGCGCCACGAGGACCCGAUGGCCGACAGGCCCUGGGUAUUCAUCAUCGUGUACUCGUUGCGGGUGCAGCCGGCCUUCCUGGAUGCCCCCGCGGCCGUCCAGGCCGUCACCGUCCCUGGCGUGCGGUUCGGUGUGCUCCACACGGACGAUGGCCCGAUCGUGCAGUAUCUCCGAGGCUGGCCCCCGGUGCUGCUCGCCUGCGCGGUCCUCCUGGCACGCCCGGCCCGGCCCCCGCGGGGGCGCGCGCCGGCCUGCACGGCCGCCUCGGCGGCGCUGGCGGCGGCCCGCGGCAGACGCACGCCGCCGCCCGCAGGCCGGCGCCCUGGCCGGAACGGCAACUACAGCGAGCAGGGCAUCUACGACGCCAUCGGCGGCGUCGCCUGGGUGCAGGCCUUCCUCGCGGUCCUGCUGGCGGGCUUUGAGUGCUACCACAUGCUACUGCAAGCUGACCCACCUCUUCGCCUUCAUCGGCUGCGCCGGGCCCCGCGGGGCUGCGCGCCGCUGAGGCGUCGUUGCUGA